UAGCUUAACUGCCUGCUACCCACACACAAGCUCGACCCACCACAGCCAAACUCCAUUUCCGUCCUCGCGAUUCUCCCCCAACUUCCACCGAAGCUCCGCUUCUCUCGAACCCCUCAGACAGUCAUCGAGUCCAGUUCGAUUGUAUCAGCGCCGUUUAUCGCCUCCUCUCGUCUACCGUUGUGGUUUAUUUUCUUGUUUCCGAGGAUCCGUCGUACAUUGCUCGAUCACAGCUCAAGAUGUCCGGUGAAGCGUGGCUCUAUCUGCUGGCGGUGUUGAUCAACGCCGUCAACCUGUUCCUCCAGGUUUUCUUCACGAUCAUGUACAGUGAUCUGGAAUGUGACUACAUCAACCCUAUCGACCUGUGCAACCGCCUCAACGCCUACAUCAUCCCCGAAGCCGCCGUUCACGCUUUCCUGACCUUCCUUUUCGUCAUCAACGGAUACUGGCUGGCCAUUGUGCUUAAUCUGCCUCUCCUCGCAUUCAACGCUAAGAAGAUCUACGAUAACCAACACCUGUUGGAUGCGACCGAGAUCUUCCGCAAGCUGAACGUGCACAAGAAGGAAUCCUUCAUCAAGCUCGGCUUCCACCUUCUGAUGUUCUUCUUCUACCUCUACAGCAUGAUUGUGGCUCUGAUCCGUGACGAGUCCAAUUGACUUCGCUCGAAAACGGAACACGCAAUGCGCAACGGUGGUCUCGGCUGAGAUCGACCACGUGUCGCACAAGUACCUCUGUUGGAUCACGAGCUGCGUGGGAGAAAAAAAAAUACAGGAAAAAAGGAAAAAG